GUACGUUUUGCUAUCGGUGUGAAAGACACUUGCUUCCAGCAGUCUGCCAUUUUUUUCGUCAUCUCAUCACUGUGCCAUACAUCGUUUUAAAAAUGCCACCGGUCGCCUCCAAGCCAGUGUCGCCGUUCCCGGCCCAGGAAAUGGUGGAAUUGCUGAAGCAAAUUGAAGAAUGUGUAUUUAACCUUGUCAGUGCAUCUAAGAAAAGGGGUGCCAAGGUACGACAGGAGGUUGUCGUCCUGCUGAAGAAGUACAUGGACCUACUCACCGAGGCUCGCCGAGAGUGCAUGUUUUUCCGAAACUUCCACGAGAUAUUGCAGGAUAACCUUGGAAACGUGAAGAAAGUUCUUGAGACUGUGCGAGAUGGUACAGUCAAUGACAUCCUGGCACAGCUUGGGUUAGAGAAGUAUGGGAGCUAUUUCGAGGAUAAAGGUAUAAAAGAUGUUCGGCAACUGAUGAAAGACAGCUUUCGAGUUGAACAACUUGAGCAGCUUAACAGUGGAGAGAGGGAGAGAAUUCAGGACAAGAUCAAAGGACUGCGUGAUUCCUUCAAGGGGAUAAAAGAAGCCACAAAAGAAGUGCAUGAAAUGGGCGAGAGGCGCUACGAGGCUUGUAAAGGGAUCACUGAGAAAUUCACCACAUUCCUGGAAGAUAUUACCAAGUCUCGCGAAAAAAUCUCAACCUUGCUGGCAGACAAACCUAACAAAGAGGAAACUUUGACUAUAAAUUAUAUCAUAAACUAG